AUGUCAAUUUUAGGAAAAUUUGCAGCAAGUCCAAAAAAAAGGAGUAACAAGUAUUCCACAAUAUAGGUGAGUUGCCAAAAGACUAUGCUGAUUAAAUACUUAAGAAUGACAUUACAUUAAUGAUGAGUAAAUAUACCGACAGUAUUGCAUUAAAUAAUCUCAUUUAAUUAUACAUGGUAUUUAAUUGAUAUUAUUAAUAAGAAAGGAGUUGAAUAUUAUGAAGCACAAAAAGAUUAAUAAAGUGAAUAUUUUAAAAGUAAAUUAAAUUGGUUAAUGAGUCAUCCAUCAAUUAUCUCACCAAAAAAAAAAGAAGAACAAACACUACCAAAAUAAUCAAUAAAAAAGUUAGAUUUUAAAGUACAUUCAAUUAUUGAUACUUAAUAACAUUAUGAUAACAAUAUUCAAUAAUUUGAAAUUCCAUAAGAAAAGUAAGAAGUCUAAAAAAAUAACUUAAUAACUAUAUAAACAAAUGAAGUUAAAUAGAUGAUUGAUAACUUAAAGAAAGAAACAACUAAAAUAAAUGAAGUAAUAAGUCAAUUACACUAGAUAAUAUAAAAUGAUCUAAAUUCUCAAAAAAAUAAAAUUGCUGAUAGAAUACAUAAAAGAAGUAAAAGCUUUGUAAAUAAAAACAAAUUUGAAUAAGAAGAAUGCAUUGAAUGA